AUGACGAACGAACCGACGCUGCGUGUGACGGACGCGCUGAACGAGCUCGAUGACUGCCACAUUAAGAGCAUCAAGCCUUUGAUUCCUCCGCAGAUUCUCAUGGAGGAGUACCCCAUGUCGAUGCAGGCCGCACAGACCGUGCUCGGCGGCCGCCGCGACACCGAAGCGAUCGUCAAGGGCCAGCAGGACCGCCUGAUUGUCGUCAUUGGGCCGUGCUCGGUGCACGACGUGCGUGCGGGUCUCGAGUAUGCGCGCCGCCUCAAGGAGUACGCGGACCAGGCCAAGGAUGAGCUGCACAUUAUCAUGCGCGUCUACUUUGAGAAGCCGCGCACGACCGUCGGCUGGAAGGGUCUGAUUAACGACCCGAACCUCGACGGCUCGUACCAGAUCAACAAGGGCCUGCGCCUUGCGCGUGGCGUCCUGCUUGAGGUCGCCAAGAUCGGCCUGCCCGCCGGCACCGAGUUCCUCGACACGAUCUCGCCGCAGUACACGGCGGAUCUCAUCUCGUGGGGCGCCAUCGGCGCGCGCACCACCGAGUCGCAGGUGCACCGUGAGCUGACCAGCGGUCUGAGCAUGCCGGUCGGCUUCAAGAACGGCACGGACGGCUCGGUGACGAUCGCCGUCGACGCGAUCAAGUCGGCCUCGAGCGAGCACGCGUUCUUGUCGGUGACCAAGCAGGGCAUCUCGGCCAUUGUCGAGACUACCGGCAACGACAAGUGCCACGUCAUUCUCCGCGGCUCCAACGCCGGCCCGAACUACGCCAAGGAGCACGUCGAAAAGGCCGCGGCUGCGCUGGAGAAGGCGUCGCUCCCGGCGCGCAUCAUGAUCGACUGCAGCCACGGCAACAGCGAGAAGAAGCACCAGAACCAGGUGCGCGUCGUCGAGAGCGUCGCCGACCAGCUCGCCCAGGGCGACGCCAACGCAUGGAACCUCGUCGGUGUGAUGCUCGAGAGCCACCUCGAGGAGGGCAAGCAGAGCAUCCCGGCGUCGGGGCCGCAGGACCUCAAGUACGGACAGUCGAUUACGGACGCAUGCAUCGGCUGGGAGACCACCAUCGAGGCCCUCGAAAAGCUCCGCGCAGGUGUGCGCGCUCGCCGCGCCAAGACGCCGCCGAACAAGCAGCCGAACGCGCCGAUCAACGAGGCGGUGCUUCCUCCGCAGCACGGCACGCCGGGCUUCAACGACGACGCACUCGCGCACCUCGGCAAGUAG